GGGGAGAGAACCUCUGUGAUAAAGGCAGGGCACUGGAAAGAAGAUGUGUUGAGAAGUGUUUCAGAGAAACCGCAAGCCACUAAAGAUGGAAAACGAGACAGUAAGUGAACUGAACCAGACACAGCUUCAGCCUCGAGCCGUGGUGGCCCUAGAAUACCAAGUGGUCACCAUCUUACUUGUGCUCAUUAUUUGUGGUCUGGGCAUCGUGGGAAACAUCAUGGUAGUCCUGGUGGUCAUGAGAACCAAGCACAUGAGGACGCCCACAAACUGCUACCUCGUGAGUCUAGCAGUAGCUGAUCUCAUGGUCCUGGUGGCCGCAGGCCUCCCCAACAUAACGGACAGUAUCUAUGGUUCCUGGGUUUAUGGCUACGUUGGAUGCCUCUGCAUUACUUACCUCCAGUACUUGGGCAUUAAUGCAUCCUCUUGUUCAAUCACAGCAUUUACCAUUGAGAGGUACAUAGCAAUCUGUCACCCCAUCAAAGCCCAGUUUCUCUGCACAUUUUCCAGAGCCAAAAAGAUCAUCAUCUUUGUCUGGGCUUUCACAUCCAUUUACUGUAUGCUGUGGUUCUUCUUGCUGGAUCUCAAUAUUAGCACCUAUAAAGAUGCUAUUGUGGUGUCCUGUGGCUACAAGAUCUCCAGGAAUUACUACUCACCUAUUUACCUUAUGGACUUUGGUGUCUUUUAUGUUGUUCCAAUGAUUCUGGCCACUGUCCUCUAUGGAUUCAUAGCUAGGAUCCUCUUCUUAAAUCCCAUUCCUUCAGAUCCUAAAGAAAACUCUAAGACAUGGAAAAAGGACUCAACCCAUCAGAGCAAGAAUUUGAAUUCAAAGACCUCUAGUAGAUAUUUCAGCAGCACAGUAUCUUCAAGGAAGCAGGUCACCAAGAUGCUGGCGGUGGUUGUCGUUCUGUUUGCCCUUUUAUGGAUGCCCUACAGAACUCUUGUGGUUGUCAACUCAUUUCUCUCCAGCCCUUUCCAAGAAAAUUGGUUCUUGCUCUUUUGCAGGAUUUGCAUUUAUCUCAACAGUGCCAUCAACCCAGUGAUUUACAAUCUCAUGUCCCAGAAAUUCCGUGCAGCCUUCAGAAAGCUCUGCAACUGUAAGCAGAAGCCGGUGGAGAAACCGGCUAACUACAGUGUGGCCCUCAAUUACAGCGUCAUCAAGGAGUCAGAUCAUUUCAGCACAGAGCUGGAUGACAUCACUGUCACUGACACUUACUUGUCUGCCACGAAAGUGUCUUUUGAUGACACCUUCUUGGCUUCUGAAAUAACCGUUAGCCAAAGUUGAUUCAUGGAGUAGAAGAAAAUGGAUGAUAAAAAAAAAUGAGAAUCUGUGCAGUUAUCAACCCAAGAGAGGAAACAGCCAAUACUCGUAUGUGACGACAGAGCAGAUAAAGUCCUCGCCAGUGCUCUAACACUACUGGCCCAAGACACUUGAACCCAUUAGAAUGACUCACAGCUUCCUUCUCGUAUCAAG